ACUUCAGAAUCGAUCCCUGAAUUAUCCCAUUAUUGAACCUUAUAAAUCGAUUUUCGCCACGUCAUGCCGCUGAGAGUUAACCUACGCGUCGUCAUGACCGAGAACGCGAAAGGGGAGAAGAUAGAGAGUAUAGAAUCUAUCAGAGGACCAAAAGACGAAAUGUGCUAUAUUUUCCCCCCGGAAUAUCAAGAAAGAAAGUACCAUCAACAAUUAUUCAGUUUACCAACAGUGAAAAAGACCGCAAACAGUCUAACCAAGGUAGGCCAAUAUAGAAAUAUUAAACUCACAAUAGACGAUGAGACAGCAGCACUGUAUACCGAUAUGGAUUCAAACUUCGUAUUCCGAGACAUUGUCUUAGAGGAAGCAGAAAUAACCUCCACAAGAAAAACAAAGACGGAAAUCGAGAAACUCAACCUGGACAUGGAAAAACUUCUAGAGACCCUUCAAAGAUGAGAUAAGAGGGAAAUAGAGGAAAUAAACUUCAAUAUAGAACGAUUUGAAGGAACUCAGAAAGCCACAAACUGGAUAUCCUAGUAUGAAGAGGAAUGCAAAAAAUACAAAAUGAAAAGCGAUGAGGAAAAAGUCAAAGGUUUGAGAAAGUACCUAGGAAAAACAGCAAAAAGGUGGUACCAGACAAAUCUAUUGAAAGCUGGAGGACACAACUGGGAAGAUUGGAAAGAAGCAUUUCUCAAAGCCUUUAAGAAUAAAGGUUGGCCGGCAAUACGAUAUGCUUACAACUUUAAAUACCUUUCAGAUUCAUUCGUAGAAUAUGCAAUAGAGAAAGAACGACUAAUAUUGGAAGUACAAAGGGAAAUGGAUGAAGAGGUGAGGAUACACCUGAUUGUCAUUGGAUUACCUAUCGAAGUCCAGGACAAAAUCGAAAGGGAAAAUAUACAGACAACAAAUGACCUAAUAGGAAUAUAUUUAAAUAUAUUAUGCAAACGUUGGACAACGUUAUGUUUUGUUAAGCUAACAGGAUACACUAAAAGUACAUUAUCAAGAAAGGGGAUGUGGCCCGUAAGCAAGUAUGUUCUUCUAGAUAUGACCAAUCAGACAGUACCUGUGAUGCGGUUAUCUCGGAAGUAUAUUGCGGAGUCGGUAGAGAGCGUUUCCUGACCUCUCGCCAGGGAGACAAUAGAUGAGGAUUUAAGGGUGUCGAAUCGGGAUCCAUGCAACGCGAAGGCGACUCGUUCCUUCGCCCUUCCUCUUCCUCUUCGCCCGAUGUGCUUUCCUCUAUGACGAUUUGAGGCUCGCCAUAGUUUGCCACAUUCACAUUCGGGCUGUACCAUUGUCUUCUCAUCUUGAUUUAGAAAACUCUCACUUGAACAUAAAUAAAACGUUUCUUCGUUGAAACCGUAUCAUAGUGGAGAACGAUCGAACAGUACAAAAGAAUGAAUAAAAAUAAGUCACAUUUUUAUUAAUUUUCUUUUGUAUCUAAAAACAAAUCUGAUAGAUUCAAAGAUACAAGAUCUUCCGAUCUUCCUUUAUUGCACGGACGAGCAGUUGCAGAAGCACGUGUUCCCCAGACGGAUGGACAGAGAAUUACAUUAGAGAGACAUACAAGGUUAUAGAAUAGUUGUUUGAGAUUGUGAAGACUGAAGAUUUAAGAUUUAAAGACUGAAGAAGAAAGAUCGGUAGCUCAGGACGUUCAGGUUGUUCGCGAAUGAAAGGGAAUCGUCUCGAGAAAGAAAAAUCGCUUAUAAGUAUUUGAGCACAUCGAACUUUCAACGCUCGUGAGAGUUUUCUAAAUCAAGAUGAGAAGACAAUGGUACAGCCCGAAUGUGAAUGUGGCAAACUAUGGCGAGCCUCAAAUCGUCAUAGAGGAAAGCACAUCGGGCGAAGAGGAAGAGGAAGGGCGAAGGAACGAGUCGCCUCCGCGUUGCAUGGAUCCCGAUUCGACACCCUUAAAUCCUCGUCUAUUGUCUCCCUGGCGAGAGGUCAGGAAACGCUCUCUACCGACUCCGCAAUGUACUUCCGGGAUAACCGCAUCACAGCUCGAAAAUACAAGGACCAUCGCCGAGGGAAGCUACUUUCCUGUCCACCCUCUCUCAAACAUCGGCUCCUCAGCUAGGUGGCCGAAGACAUUCGGUCGUUACGAUUGAAAGAGUGUCACCGACUUUGUUUGGCCGUAAUCGUCGCGAAUCAAUCGCCCGUUUUCCUUUUGGAGUCGUGACCAGAAUAUUGCCGAGUCGUCGAGACCCAGAGUCUAGAAUGUCCGCACCACCGAGCGGUAGAGGAAGUACGCACAAUCUUCAGUUGGACAUUAUGGACGACAUCGCAGACCUAAAAGCGAGGAAGGUGCGCUUAAGGAUGUACAGGACGUCGACGGAGCAAGUGUACGAAAUGCAGCCGCUGGAGGGUAACAGUUCUGUUCAACGUUACACUGAACAGCCGAAACAACGAUUCUUUGAAAUGCCUACUCUGUCGGUUUCGCCGACGUCUUCUCUCCGAAAGCGCGUCUCGGAACUGCCAAGAGCCGCGAGAGCACCCGUUUUCGGUGCUGCGGGCAUGGUCUGCUCUAAUAGGGAUCUGAUAUCGAUCCUAAGCUCGGUAGGGUCUUCCGCGACGGAAAUGUCGAAGAAGCCGGAAGAUUUAGCAACGGCCAGUUCAAGUCUUAGGUUCGAUGAAUUGAAGGUAGUGAAGGCGAUGAAGAAAAUGUUCGGUAAAAAGUCCCCUAAUAGCGAGGUCGUAUGGGACAACACUAGUGGAACCAAAGUGGACGCUCAGGUAUUUGGUAGCGCAAUUGAGAAGAUAUUAACGGCGCAGAAGGGAAACGAUACGGAGAUACCGAGGGCUUCCGGGUCGAGCGGAAAGCCCUCGGUAUCUUCGAACAAACCAAUGUCAGGUGAAGUGACAAAUUUGUUUUGGAAUAGCAAGAACCAAAAGCAGACGGAAUUCAGCGAACCGUCUCUCUGUGCUUCCCUAAAGGACCUAUUCAAGAAGUAAUGGGGAAGAACAAAUACUAAUAAAUGUUAAGUGUCUCUAGUUUAAUUAACACUUCUUUAUCUAAGAAUUUCUUCCCUAAAAGACCUAUUCAUUAUGUAAUGUAGAAGCACAAAUACUAAUAAAUGCUAAGUUUCUCUCGUUUAA